AUGAUCCAGCAACACCUCGUCUUCCACUUCACCUCCGUCGACGAUGGCAAUACCUACUACGAAGCUAACCCCGAAGCGGCAUAUUACCUCGUUCGCUCUGGGAAGAUUCUCCAACUGAUCGAAGAGAGAUUGGGUGAAUACGCUGCUAAAGUCAUGGAGGUGAUUAUGUUUCUUGGUCAUGCUUCUAUUCGGCAUUUGCAGAGUAUUCCUGAGCUUCAGACUAUUGGGGUUCCUGUGGCACCAAAACCAUCAGUGCAGACGAAUGGAGUGUCACAUGAAGAAGACGGCGAUGCCGAAAAUAACGACGCUGAAAACAACGAGAUGGAACUUGAAGGAGAAGAAGAAGGCGCGCAAGAAACCAACGGCGACGAUAUUCCCGAAGCGAAACCCGCACCCUUUCAUUCUACGCUCAAGGCUCUCGCGUCGCAUGGGUACAUUCUUCGAGUCAAGGAUGCUAUUUUCCAAAGCCCCUCGGAUAACUACCUUGAUGCUCGACGAACUGUUUCCGCGAAAUCGGAUAUCAAGGCGUUGAAGGGGAAGAAACAGGAAGAGGCGAUUGAAUCUGCGACAGCCGAUCUCGUGAAUGAGCGCACCGACUACGAUCUUUCGGAAAAGUUUAUGUAUAAUGGUCUUCCCAGAGGAGUGAAGAGGAAAAUUACCAAUGGAAGUUCUGGAGCAGGCAACAAACAUGCCCGGACAAAUGGCGUUAAUGGUCAUCAUGCUGAUGAUGAGGACGAAGAGAAUGACUGGUCUGAAGACGAGGAUGGAUUCGAUAAUAUCCCCAUGGAGUCUGGCCUAAUCGUCCGAGUCAACUACGAAAAACUAGACGUUGCCCUUCGAAACGCCCGCUUCGUCGAUCUAGCUGAACAAGACGCCCCUGACGCAACAGUUGAAGUCUACGAAACUCUCCUCCGCCGCAUCGAAUACGCAACCCCCCGCUGCCGCACCGAUGGACGAAAGAAAGACAUUCCGCGCGAAGGCGAAGAAGGAAAACACCACUCCAUCCCAAUCGAAGUCAUGAAGAUCGUGAAAGACCUCGACCCAGACCUCGAUCUAACAGGAGCAAUCGGGCCAGUGGACCCUCAGUCUUCGUCCACCGUAAACACACGCGGCAAGAGACCGCUGGAAAACAGCGUUAACGGCACCCACGACGAAGACGAAGACCGGAACUCAGUCUUCACCCGCAUGACAGAAGUAAACCAACACCUCAGCCUCCUCUCCCAACCACCCUACAAUCUCGCCGAGAGCCACACAUCCGAAGGAAUAAAGUGGUACGUAUCCUUCCGUGACCUCGCUCGGAAACUCCGCCACCUGGAACUGGAGCGAAUGAUCGAAUCGCGCUACGGAGACGUUGCCCUCCGCGUAAUCCGCGUCCUCCAAGCAAAAGGCAAACUCGACGAAAAACGCCUGCAAGAAAUCAGCCUUCUCCCCAUGAAAGAUCUCCGCCAAACACUGGCCACCAUGCAAAAGGGCGGCUUUGUCGAUUUACAAGAAGUCCCGAAAGACGCGCAGCGACAGCCUUCCAAGACGAUUUUCCUCUGGUACUAUGAUACAGAUCGCGUGUGUAGUUGUAUUCUCGAGGAUACGUACAAGGCCAUGUCACGCACGUUGCAACGGAUUAAGACUGAGCGCGAACGGGUGCGGGAUUUUCUGGAGAAGACGGAACGCACUGAUGUUAAGGGGCAUGAGGAGCAUUAUCUUACUGAGCUUGAAUUAGUGGAUUUACAGCGGUGGAGGGAUCUUGAGGCGCUUUUGCUGACGGAGGUGGCGAGAUUGGAUGAUAUGGUUGCUGUGUUUCGGGAUUAUUGA